GCUGACUGACUGCUCACUCGGUUACCUCGCAGAUUUCGAAACGUUGGAGUGCGCGCGCGUGCGAGUGUGUGUGAGUGUGUGUGUGAGAGGGAGAAGAACCAAGGCUCCGUCGACUGACCAGAGAGGUGUAACACCACUGUUUCUGGAGGAAUGUGUGGAUCCACCGCUGGAUAACGUGGAAAAAACCCUAUACGUAGGAGAGAUUCCAGUCUUUUUGGAGGAUUUACUGGGGUUUUCCUCUCAGUUUCCUUGUUUUGCCGCCGGUACCGACAGGAAAAGCCCCCGCCGUCGAGGAAAGCUCAGUCACAUUUACGCGUAAAACGCCUCCUGUUCCAGAUUGCGCUCGUGCAGUCCGCGGUGUAGCCUUUCUGGAGACCUUUCUCAACGCGAACGCUGGACUAUCAUCAGCACAGCACUCUUAAAAGGAGACUGCCUGGUUUAACUGGGACUCACUGGGGGGAGAAACUCACCUGACCUCACAUUUCGACGUUUCAGAGAGGAGAAGGGGAAUAAAAGUCGUGCUGAAAAUGCCCCUCGCUCAGCUGGCGGAGCCAUGGCCCAAAAUGGAGCUGGUGCAGCUGGAGACGGAGAACGGACAGAGCACAGCCGAGGACGGAGUCGCUCCGGGAGUCAAGCAGAAGCGGUCAGAGAUCACGUGGGUGGAGAAGGACUUCUCCAGCAUUAUCAGACAGGACGAUGAUGUCAUCAAGGAGAUCAACAUCACGAAUGUGGUUAAGGAGGGGGCGGAGAAAGCAGACCCGUCCCAGUUCGAGCUGCUCAAGGUUCUGGGCCAGGGAUCUUUCGGCAAGGUUUUUCUGGUGAGGAAGGUCACACCCCCCGACAGUAACCAGCUCUAUGCCAUGAAGGUGCUCAGGAAGGCCACACUGAAAGUGAGAGAUCGCGUCCGAACCAAGAUGGAGCGGGACAUUCUGGCAGAGGUCAACCACCCGUUUGUGGUCAAACUCCACUACGCCUUUCAGACGGAGGGUAAACUGUAUCUGAUUUUGGACUUCCUGCGUGGAGGAGAUCUCUUCACUAGGCUUUCAAAAGAGGUGAUGUUUACGGAGGAGGAUGUGAAGUUUUACCUGGCUGAGUUAGCUCUGGGUCUGGAUCACCUGCACAGCCUGGGCAUCAUCUACAGAGACCUCAAACCUGAGAAUAUACUGCUGGACGAAGAAGGACACAUCAAACUCACAGAUUUCGGUCUGUGUAAGGAGGCCAUAGAUCACGAGAAGAAGGCAUAUUCGUUCUGUGGUACGGUGGAGUACAUGGCCCCGGAGGUGGUCAACAGGCAGGGGCACAUCCACAGCGCCGACUGGUGGUCAUUCGGGGUACUGAUGUUUGAGAUGCUGACGGGGUCUCUGCCGUUCCAAGGAAAGGACCGAAAGGAGACCAUGAACCUGAUCCUGAAAGCGAGGUUGGGUAUGCCUCAGUUUCUCAGUGCUGAAGCUCAGAGUCUGCUGAGGGCACUAUUUAAGAGAAAUCCUAUAAACAGACUCGGUUCUGGGACAGAUGGUGCUGAGGAGAUCAAACGCCACGCCUUCUUCUCCACCAUCGACUGGAAUAAACUGUUCCGUAGGGAGAUUAAGCCUCCAUUCAGGCCGGCCGUGGCUCGACCCGAUGACACGUUCUACUUCGACUCUGAGUUCACCUCCCGCACGCCUAAAGACUCCCCCGGUGUUCCCCCGAGUGCUGGCGCUCAUCAGCUGUUCCGUGGCUUUAGUUUCGUCGCCCCGGCGAUGCUGGAGGAGGAGGGAGCUGAGGAGACGGUCCAGGCACCCCCCCACCCUGUGGUGCAGCAGCUGCACGGUAAGAGCAUCGUGUUUAGCGACGGUUACGUGCUGAAGGAGGAUAUCGGCAUGGGGUCGUUUUCAGUGUGCAAGCGCUGCAUCCACAAAGCCACCAACACCGAAUACGCAGUGAAGGUCAUUGAUAAGACGAGCACUGAUCCUUCUGAAGAGAUUGAGAUUCUGCUGCGGUACGGCCAGCAUCCCAACAUCAUCACCCUGAAAGAUGUGUAUGAUAACGGUAAGAAGGUGUAUCUGGUGACGGAGCUGAUGCGGGGCGGAGAGCUGCUGGACCGAAUCCUCAAACAGAAGUUCUUCUCUGAGCGAGAGGCCAGCGCUGUUCUUCACACCAUCACCAAAACUGUGGAGUACCUGCACUGUCAGGGGGUGGUGCACAGAGACCUGAAGCCCAGUAACAUCCUAUACGUGGAUGAAUCUGGCAACCCAGAGUCUUUGCGGAUCUGUGACUUCGGUUUUGCUAAGCAGCUUCGUGCCGAUAACGGUCUGCUGAUGACCCCCUGCUACACCGCUAACUUCGUUGCUCCAGAGGUGCUGAAGAGGCAAGGCUAUGAUGAAGGCUGUGAUAUCUGGAGUUUGGGAGUUCUGCUGUACACGAUGUUAGCGGGUUUCACUCCCUUUGCUAACGGUCCGGAGGACACUCCAGAGGAGAUCCUGAGCCGGAUAGGGAGCGGACGCUUCACUCUGACCGGGGGCAACUGGGACGCAGUGUCGGACGCAGCCAAGGAUCUGGUCUCGAAAAUGCUCCAUGUGGAUCCUCAUCAAAGGCUAACGGCUAAGCAGGUGCUCAAACACCCCUGGAUCAUGCACAGAGACCAACUGCCCAACAGCCAGCUGCAGCACCAGGAUGCACAGCUGGUGAAGGGAGCGAUGGCUGCCACCUACUCCGCUCUGAAGAGUUCCCAGCCCACCCCCGAACUCAAACCCAUCGAGUCUUCGUUCCUCGCCCAGAGACGCGUCAAAAAACUGCCCUCCACCUCUCUGUAGAGAGAGAGUACGAGAGAGAGCGGGGUAGAGCGGGACGUAAAAGAAGAAAAGCAGUACUGUAAUGGAGACACAGUGCGAAGCUGUGUGGACUGAAAACGCUCUUCACCUUCAGCGGGCUCGUGGAGGUUACACACGCUGUCAGUCAGAGCAGACGGUGGAUGUGAUUGGCAGAUGGGGGUCGGGGGUCGAAAUGCUGGAAUUUAAUGCGCCAGAGGAGUGUGUGUAUGUGUGUGUGUGAGGCUCCUGAUAGAAAGCGGACAUUUGUGAUCCUCGUUUUCCAGCCUUCGACGCUGCUGUAUUCGAAUAUAGUUCAGUUCAUUGUUGCGAGAAGAUUAUUUGUCUGCUUUUUUUUGUUUGCUUUGUUUAAUAAACCUCUGAAGUUGUGCGUCGUUGUGUAGUUUGUCAUCAUGCCCAUAUCAGGAAACCCAGGCCUGAGCUGUUUUUCUCCAUGAGGAAAAUGGACAUCAGUUUUGAAAAUCACUGCUGGCAUAAACUAAAAUGUUGUGAAGCUGAUAAGUUCUGCCGUAUGUACCUUUUUCCUCCAAACAUUGCUGGAUCCUCUGAAUAACAAGGUUAUUAAGGAGCCAAAAUACAAAUAAUGCUGCAUGCUAAUGCUGCUGUGCACUGAAUGGACCGAAUGGAUCAUAGGACUGACCUCACCAAAAUAUGUCACACAAACCAGCAGGCUUUGUCCAGUGUGGUAGUUUCGAGAGUUCGUGCAGUUUGAGUAGCUGGUUCUGAUGUGUAACAGUGUUGACAUUUAACAGCGGACUUACUUUCAUGCAUCAUUUCAGUGCGCAGCUUUCUUGUAGCAUGAAUGUUGCAUUAUUUGUAUAUUGAUUGCUAAACAACAUCGCAAUUCAAAGUAGCCAGAACAAAAAAAAAAGAAAGUAUCGUCAACAAAAGAGCAAUAUUGGCAAUUUUCCGAAACCGCCAUUCAUUUUUCCCUUAGCGGAAAACAGCUUAGACCCGAAACUCCUAAUAUGGGGAUGACACCGACUACAGAAUGAUGCACGAUUUCAGAGGUCUUGUUCACUCCAGGCUCCGCCCACAAAUGUUUUUUCCGUACCUACUGUUGUUAGGUUGGACAAGCUUUACAGAAUGCAGGUAGAAAUCCCAUUAAACCUAAUGUGAAACUGUAGAACAGACUCAGUUUAUAUCACAAUACCUACAUUUAGAGUCAAAAUACAGAAAUUCGAAUUUGUAUGUGGGUGAAAGGUCACACUGUUAGGCCAGAUUGGGUGUUGUUUAUGUGUUGCUGAGUUAAGCUAACGGGGUGAACCUGCCUAGUUUUGUUCAGCAACACCAACUUCUUAAGCAUCCUAAACUGGAAGCUCAGCUUCAUUUAUACCUGUAAAAAAGUUUUAAAAGCUUUAAAAAGCUUUGAAAGCUUGUCCAAUGGCACAACGGAAGCUAUAAAAGAACAACUUUGUGGGCGGAGCCUGGAGAAGAAAAUUGCCAAAUCAGGUCACUCACAGAGAGACUGUAAUUGCUAAUGUUUGGGAGCUUCCUCCUGGGCUACUUUGACCAUCUGAAGGGCCCUGAACUUGAGAACUUUUUCAUAUGGAUCUAAACGCAUGUGGUCAUGUGGACAGAUGCAUUGCGGGUGAUGGGACUGUUUCUAUUGCAUGGAUUCCGAUUCGCUCAGUGCCGUGUUGUCGCUUCGCCUUGCUGCAGGUCGCCCCGAAAUGUUUCCGAGCUUUUUUUGUCAUCCAGACAGACAAAGAAGAAAAAGAUGAAGAUGGCGAUGUAUUAAAACCUCCAAAGCUCUGUAGUGGCAUGCUUUCGGUCUUGUGUUUUGCGAAGCCGUGACUUUUUCUGGAUAUUGAAUGCCGUCUCCUGUGUUUGUUUUUCACCGUUUGAUUGUUUAUAGUUCUGCUGUUUUUUUUUUCUUUGUUUCCGUUCGUUCUGUUAAAGAAAAGUAAAGUCAUUUUAUAAAAGGCAUGCUGAACACGAUUGAGAUAAAGCUAAGAGCUGGAGAAAUAACCGCAGGUCUUUGUGGGUAUUUGUGCUUUUCUGUUGUUUUUUUUUUUACGACUUGUUCGUUCUUUUGUUCAGAUGAAAGUAUAUUGAUUGGAAUGUUUCGCUGUUGCGCACUCUUUUCCCUCUGAGUCAAACAGAACUCCUUUCUAUCGCUAAUCAAUGAACCGGACGUCUGACUGUCUGAGAGAUGAGCCACAAAAAUCCAUCUUGAUUCGCAGAGCAAGCUUAUGCUCCAUUCUGGAAAACAUCUCACGAACAUCUCCCACCCUUCCAGCACCAAAAACCUCUCCAUUUGGGUGUAAACACAUUUUAAGCGCUGUAAUUCAGAUAUUUUACAAUAAUAAACCUAAAUUAGCCAAUAAAUAUUAGAUGUUAAGAUCCCCUACACUUCUAAAUGUAGAAGUGUGAGUCAUUUCUAAAUGACUCUGUCAUGAUUCUUUACUGAAUCACCAUGAAAUGGCUUAUAAGUUACUUAAUUACUGAAUCACUCUUUAAAGACUCAAUUUAAUAACUAAAUUGCUAUGGCAAAAAUGGCAUAUAGUUAUUUUAAUUACUGAAUCACUCCUAAAUGAAUUAGUUGUAUUACUGAAUCACUAUAAAAUGUCUUAGUUUAACUAUGAAAUGGCUCUUUUUAUAUAGUGAGUUACUAUCAAAUGGUUCCCUGAAUCACUCCUAAAUUAAUGAUUAAUUAAUUAUUGAAUCACUGUUACAUGGCUCAGUUUGAUUUAAGCACUGAAUCAUUCCUAAAUUACUCAGUCUCACUGUCUCAGUCCUAAAUGAAUCAUGUUAAUUACUGAUUCACCCCUAAAUGACUCUGUUUCUUUAAUUACUAAAUUAAAUUAAAUUAAAUGUUACCCGGCUUGGUUUGUUUUAUACACUGAAUCACUCUUGAAUGGCUAAGUUUAUGUACUGAAUCACUUCUAAAUUGCCCAGUCUCAUUACGGUCUCACUCACAAAUUACCCAUGUUAAUUACUGAUUCACUCCUAAAUGACUCAGUUUCAGUAGUUACUAAAUCACUAUUACAUGGCUCAGAUUAUUUUAAGCACUGAAUCGCUCUUGAGUGACUGAGUUUAUUUGCUGAAUCACUAUCAAAGAGUUUACAACUGAUCCUGAACUGGUCCUGAAUUCCUGAAAUGACUCAUUUUAAUUACUGAUUCACCCCUAUUUUUCAUGCUGUAUUAAGUGAAAUCAGAAUCAGCACUUAUUCGUGAUGAAGACCUGAUGUCCCUACGAUUAAAAUCGUCUUUAAAUGAGAGAGUGACGUGCAGCUUCAGAUUGUUUUUGGGGGCAGAAAAAGAUUGUGAAUCUUCUUUGUACUGUAUAUGUUGAUAAAGUAUAAUAUAUAUCUAUUUUCCUGUAUGUAAAUGGUGAGUUUUUUCGUUUCUCAAGUUUUCUUUCCUCCUCUUUGCUUCUCAGAGACUCGACACAAUGUGGCACUUCUUUUCUUCUUUGCCUCUGUGAAAAAAAAAACAAAACAAAAAGAAAAUAUGAAAAAUUCCCUUCUGUUUUCUUUUUCUUUAAAGGAAUAAUCCGGAGUUUUUCUGUCUCACUUGUAAUAGAAGCCAAUGGGCAGUUGCUGAAUUCUGUCAGUUAAUAUUUUAAAUGUGACCAUAAUAUGAAUUUAAAACAUCAAUCCAAAACAUCAGAGUUUAGUUCCGGUUACUUUCACUCUUCAGAAGGUUUUUUGGUAUCCAUGGUGAGCCUGUGAAAACUCUGCCCACAGCUGCACUGGUUUCAAGUAUGUCCCUUGUCCAUACAGUCCAUGUGUAGAAAACAGCUUGUUUUGAAUUUCCCUUCUUUGUGAUGUCACAAAUAACAACAUAUUUACAUAUAUCCGCCUAUUCCAGCCUUUCAGCCCUGCCAACUAAUGCUGACAUUAUAAGGAGUGUUUCAGCACAGACUGCUUUCUGCAUGAGGUGCAAUACUGGGCAGCCAAUUAGAACAGAGCUCAUUUGCAUAUGUCAGUAUUAAAGGCACAGUAACAAAAACUGCCUGUUUAUUUCUAAGGGAUAAAGAAAAGCUGUCCAGGCUGAAACACUCGUUAUUAUGUUGGCGUAACACUGCAUGUGCUGCGAAAAACAGCCUGUUUUGAAUUUGCCUUCUUUGUGAUGUCAGAAAUACCAAUAUGUACAUAUAUCCGCCUAUUCAACAGUUUUGCCUUGCCCACUCACUCAGACUCAGACUGCUUUUUCAAUUAGGCCUGCUGCAGGGCAGCCAAUCAGAACAGAGCUAAUUUGCAUAAAUAGGUCUUAAAGGCAUGGUAACAACAACGGACUCUACGAGUUAAAGAGGUUGGACAAUGGUCAUGUAAAAUGCACAUGUAAAACCACACGUAAUAUGUGUAAUAAGAAACAAUAAACAAAGAAGGAAAUUGUAAAAUACAGGCUCUUUAAUUUACACUUACAGCGUAAAAACUCAUCGCCCAUUGACUUCUAUUGUAAUUGUGUUUCUGUAAAGAAAGCUGGAGUACCCCUUUAAUGAAAAGAAGGCGGAGCUUUAUUUGGUGCGGGUUUGGGCCGAUGAUGUGUUAAUGCAAACAGAUGUUCAUGUUUUUCUCUCCUAUUGCUGCCAUGUAGCUCAUGGUUUGCGUUGUGCCUGACUGAUUGUUGGUUUGACGGGGCAGGGGGGUGGAUUAGGGCUGAGGUGUGUGUGUGGCUGGGAUGAGAGUGUGUGUUUGAUUCCUGAUGCCUUUAUAUUAAAACAAACCCAGUUUCUCUGCCCUCA